AUGGCCUGUGACGAAUUCACUGGUCUCUCGGACAUCUUCACACGCCAGAACUCUGCCAGUGGUGCUUCCCUAGACUUCGAACCCGACGCUGACUACAGGUUUGUGGAGAGCUUGGAGGAGCGCUACAAGUGUGCCCACUGCCGCCUGGUCCUGCACAACCCGCACCAGACGGGAUGUGGCCACCGGUUUUGCCAGCAGUGCAUCCUUUCCCUGAGAGAACUGAAUGCAGUACCCACCUGUCCUGUUGACAAAGAAACAAUAAAAAUGCAUGAGGUAUUCAAAGACAACUGCUGUAAAAGAGAAGUUCUUAACUUGCAAGUGUUUUGCAAAAAUAUUCCUGAUUGCAACUCAAAAGUAAUUCUGGGACGAUAUCAGGAGCAUCUUCAGCAGUGUCUGUUUGAGAGUGUGCAGUGCAUGAAUGAUGGAUGUUGCGAUCAAAUUCUUCGGAAAGAUUUGAAAGAUCACUUGAGUCAGCACUGUAAAUUUCGAGAAGAAAUGUGUCAGUACUGUAAUACAUAUGUGGUCUUAAUCAACAUGAAGAAUCAUGAAAAAAAUGAUUGUCCUGACUAUCCUGUGCCUUGUCUCCAAAACUGCUCACAGAUAAUCCUAAAAAAGGAGAUUGAAACCCAUCAGACAGUGUGUCCAGAGACCGAAGUGGACUGUCCCUACAAACAAUAUGGUUGUCUUGUAAAGGUUAAAAGAGGAAAACUUGCAGAGCAUGAAAAUAGUGCCCUGAGGGAACACAUGCUGCAGAUUUUGGACAAGAACUCCAGGUUGGAAGAACAGAUAUCUGACUUGUGUAAGAGUCUGGAAUGUAAAGAGAUUAAAAUCCAACAGCUUGCAGAGGCAGUUAAAAAGUGUGAGAAGGAAUUCAGGCAGUUUACACAGCUGUUUGGAAAAAACAGCAAUUUGAUGGUAAGCACCCAGGCUCUUGCCAGUCACCUGGAUAAAUCUGCACGCCUGGAGUCACAAGUAAAACAGUUAAUACAAAUGGCAAACCAGCAACAAAGUAAAUUAGACUUGCGACCCCUGUUUGAUACAAUUGAAAAUGUAAAGCAGAAGAUUGCCCUUAUGGAGACAUAUGAUCAGCGUUUAGUUGUUUUGGAAGGUCAGUCCAACAAGCAUGAUCUCCAGAUCAAUAUUCACAAAGCACAGCUCAACAAAAAUGAAGAACGAUUUAAGCUUUUGGAGGGCACGUGUUACAAUGGAAAAUUAAUCUGGAAAAUCAUGGACUACAAGAUAAAGAAAAAAGAAGCAGUGGAAGGCCGUGUCCUCUCUAUAUUCAGCCAGCCUUUUUACACCAGCCGCUGUGGGUACAGGUUAUGUGCAAGAGCUUAUCUGAAUGGGGAUGGCUCUGGAAAGGGAACACACGUCUCGCUCUACUUCGUUGUGAUGAGAGGGGAGUUUGACUCACUGCUGCCAUGGCCUUUCAAGCAAAAAGUUACACUUAUGCUUUUGGACCAAAGCGGGAAAAAAAAUCACAUUGUGGAAGUCUUCAGAGCCGACCCCAACAGCAGCAGUUUCAAAAGGCCAGAUGGAGAAAUGAAUAUUGCCUCGGGAUGUCCACGCUUUGUGCCACACACCGUUCUAGAGAACACAAAAAAUACCUACAUCAAAGAUGACACUCUCUUCUUGAAAGUAGUUGUGGAUUUAACCGAUCUGGAGGAGCUAUGAAAAAAAAUCCUUGAUAAUGGGACUGCUUGAACUAUUAAGAAAUGCAUUUUUGGUGACCACCGGCCAUGCAAUAGUGAAUUGCCACUAGUUAAGCUAUCGAUAACAUUAUCGAGGCUUUUGGACUGCAUAACAGCUAAUGAAUUGCCAAAGUGUCAACCUUUUGUUUUUUAACUUUCAAGACUGCGGUUUUAAGGCAGCUCUAAGUCCAGUUUGAUGUUGUGAACAUACAUUCACACCUGUGUUUUAGCACUGCUCGGUACAUGUUGGGGGUGAGUGUUUGGCUCCUAUCAGAGACUGGCGUUUUGGGAUGAAUGUCCUGCAGUUAACCUUGUGGAGCCCAAGCAGGCCUGUGGGCUCCCGUUAUUUAC